CUGCGCCGACCACCACCAUCAGCAGUCAGCUGCAUACAUUGAAGACCGAGGUCUAGCAGCUGCAGACGACGAACGCGGAUGGCAAUCCGAAGAUGUAUAAGAUGCCAACUUUCAAUCUGGAGAGGUUCGACGACUACACGCAGCACGAUCCGGUCCUCUGGUGGGAAGCAUUCACAACGCAACUUAGGAUUCUGCUCGUAGCCAAGCAUGCGUACAUCGGCGCCCUGUUCGUGAACUCAAAGGGCGGAUGCCAGACCUGGUUGAGCCACCUGGCAACCUCCCACGGCGUCGACGUACCAGACUUGAAGGACAAGAUCACAUGGGAGGAACUGACACGACUGUGGAAGAAGCGGUUCAUCGUCGACGACGCGCCGACACUCGCCAUCAACCGUCUGUUCACCAUGUCACAGGGAAACACUGCAACACGGGACUGGCUCACGGAGUGGCAGAAGAUUGCGGCAGUGCCCAAUCUGAAGCUACCUUUCACUCAUCUCAGACGUGAGUUCUACAACAGAUCCUGCGCUGCAUUGAGCCAGGCUCUUGGUGAUCGCGAGCAGUACUCCACUUUCGCCGAGAUUAUCGACAAGGCGAGAGAGAUCAUCAAGACCAACAGGUCAGCUGCACACGAGAGAUCAACAUGGCAGCCGACCUAUGUGGAGAAGGUACGAACUGGUCCGCGACAACAGCACUUCGCUGCAGUCCAGCGGGACAGUGGAGAUAACCCAGCAGCCACUCCAGCAUCAAGUGACGGAGAUCAGGUGGCUGCUGUCCAGCCGCGAAGCAACAACAAGUCCCGCAGCAAUGGGAAGGCGAAAUCCGCAUCGCAGGCCGAAAAUGGACAGCCAGUACAAGUUCCAUGGAUCAAGUUUGGCUUGACCGAGGCAGAGUACAAGCUCGGGAAACUGAGCUCCGCGGAAGGUGARGCGACUCCACCUUCUACUCCGCCAGAUUCGGCCGCCUUGCUAGCGGCCUCCUGCACAUCUGAGGAGGAUGCGAAUGUCGCAUGCUCUCGUUACACUUACGAGGACUAUACUGUCCACUUGGUUCCACCGCUGGACCAACCGCUCCACGUGCAACUAUCUACCGGAUGCACGGUUUCAUCACCAUCGGCAACCGAUUCGGCAGCUUCGCCGCCAUCUAUCGUCAGGGAUUCAUCGUCAUGGUCAACACUUGAGGUGCUCGACCCACUCACGUUCACGGACUUCCAGUGGAUGCCCGUUCCCCCGACCGAACGAUUGCCGAAAUUGCAUUGCAACGUGCUCGUGGAACAACAGCGAGAUUACUUGCACACUGCAGUACCCACUCCGUUCAAGGACGCCGGAGUAGAGGUUGUCGACCUUCACGUCUACAUAGUGAAGAUCGACCGCGAGUUCAAGAUGCAACGGUACGACGACAUGGACACACCAUUGCUAUAUGUACGCAUUCAGAUCGGGGAAGCGACCUGCAGCGCUUUGAUCGAUUGCGGAGCAUCUCGCAACUACAUCAGCCAGGACUUCAUGGUGCGGGCCGGCCUUGGCCCACGCGUCCGGAGGAAGCCCAAGCCUAUGCAAGUCACAUUGGCGGAUGGUCACACGCACAAGUCAAUCGACCGGUGCAUUGACAGCCUCCCAAUGUACUUUGCCCCUCACGCAAGUGAGGCGGUGUCCUUUGACAUUUUGGACACCAAAUUCGACAUGAUCUUGGGCAUGUCAUGGCUGCGAAGCAAGGAUCACCCGGUGAACUUCUUCAACCGCACCGUUCACGUUCGCCGGAUCUUCACCGACCUUCUCCUCCCUCGACCAGCCGACAUUGACGCUGCCUGCUCUCCCGCUUCCGUCCGGAAGUACAGGGAAUUGCUGACUCAAGCCCGCGCAAAUAUGCAAAAGGCUCAAGUCCGCAUGCAGCAGCAAGCCAACAGGCGUCGCGUACCAUGUCCCAUCCGCGUCGGUGAUCUGGUUUGGGUCUCCUCGGAAGAGUUUGCACGGGAACAAGAUGUUUCACGCAAACUGCUUCCCAAGUGGUUUGGACCUUGGUCUGUGACAACAACCGCGGGCGAUGAGCCUGAUGGCCCUUCAUUUGUGAUCAACAUUCUAGAGCAUCUGACGGUCCAUCUGGUCUUCCACGCCUCGAAGCUGGCAACAUACACGCCAGCCAAGAGCGACGACUUUCCGGACCGACGAUCGCAGGACCCUCCUUCUAUGGAUGGCCAUCAGGAAGUUGACCGCGUCAUCUCCGAUCGCAAGUACAGCAACAAGCCGCGGCAGUACAAAGUCACAUUCAAAGCACGCGAUCGCGACGACACUCGGUGGAUUUCAGGCCCAGAUUUGAUAGCAUCCGCACCGCUGAUCUACGCGCAUUAUGAAAAGCGGAGGUUAGCUCAGGAAGCCUCACGACCAGCCCUUCCCACCCGGACUGUGGUCCCUCCCUCAGACAGACAGCUUCGCCUUCGCAG